AUGGCUGGUUUGAAUUUCUACGUCGUUUUCUGUGCCUUUGCCGCUGUAUUGGGAUCCAUUCAAUGUGGAUACCAUAUUGGUGAACUGAACACACCUAAAGAUGUAAUUUCCUGCAAAUCACAACCUAAUACCGAUCAUUAUUAUUCGGGGGAAUAUUCCCUACCUGAUUGUAUACCGAUGAAUGAUGCGCAAUUUGGUUUAGUAACCUCGAUAUUUACAUUGGGAGCCCUUUUGGGAUCUUUGUUGUCUUUACGUGUCGCGGAUGAUAAAGGAAGACGCUGGACAUUACUUGCGAAUAACUUGUUCCUAGGGAUCUCACCUUUAAUCAUGGGAUUUGCUAGAAAUUAUUUUACGUUAGUUGUCGGAAGAGCACUUGUUGGUAUUGGUUGUGGUGUAGUGACUGUUGUCGUUCCUAUGUAUCUUGCUGAAAUUUCACCCAUUGAAUAUCGUGGAGCUAUUGGUACGAUGAAUCAACUUGGUAUUGUCGCGGGUAUACUUCUUGCACAGAUCGAAGGUCUUUAUCUAUCUAAUGUUCCUGGCUGGCGUCUUAUUCUCUUAAGUGUCAGUGUAAUAUCUCUCGUUCAAAUUAUUUUCCUUGGACUUUCUGUUGAAUCACCACGUUAUCUUAUCUCCAAACCUGGUGGGAUUCAUUCUGCCAAAAGAACUUUACAAAAGUUGAGAGGAAGCCUAGAUAUUGAAAAUGAAUUAGGUGGAUGGAACCAAAUUGCUUCGGAUGAUGAUACCAGUAGAUUAAUGCCGGAAGAGAAUGUAUCACGAAAUAACACAGAUGACACCAAUCCUGUUAUAUCAUCAUCAUCACCAUCUGUUGUAUUUCAUGCUCGCAAUCAUCAUGAUGAUUUUAGUGUUUGGCAAUUCCUCACUAGUCCUUAUUAUCGUGCUCCUUUGAAAGUUCUUUUACUUGUUCAAUUUACUCAACAAUUCUCUGGUAUUAAUGCGGUUAUGUAUUAUUCAACAACUAUUUUAUCUAAAGUUCUUCCAAGUUCGAGUGGUUUAAUUACAGUUUACAUAAAUGUGGUGAAUUUUUUCAUGACGAUCGUAUCAGCUUACUUAAUGGAUAAAACUGGACGUAGAACUUUAUUACUUUGUUCAAUUGGAUUGAUGAGUAUAGCUAGUGCACUAUUAGGAUUAAGCAUUAUCAAUGAUUUUGGCUUUCUAUCAGCGUUUUCCAUAAUAUUAUAUGUUGCAACUUUUGCUAUUGGACUUGGUCCAAUUCCAUUUUUGAUUAUUCCAGAAAUUGUAGAUACACACGCAGCUGCCACAGCAGGAAGUAUUGGAGUUAGUUUGAAUUGGACGACAAAUUUUGUUGUUGGAUUCUUAUUUUUGAGUCUUAACAAUAUGUUUGGUGGAUAUGUUUUUUAUGUUUUUUCCAUAUAUUUGUUUGUGGCUUUUCUUUUAUCUGAAAGGCUUGUACCAGAAACCAAAGCUAAAACUGUUGAAGAAAUUUGGAGUGGGUGGACUGGAAGGGUAAUUUAA